AUGAAAUCCAGACCAAAACCUACAGAUGAACCGGAAUCGCAAGCCUCAGGAAAUAUUUCUUCAAAACCAUCAACUACCUUUUAUACUCCACAUGAAAUUUCCCCUAUUCCUGUCCGAUUUAAAAAAACUUCGAAUCGUGGUCGAAAACGAGGAAAAUCGGAGAUAAUUACUUCGUCACCUUACAAAUUGUCUCUGGAAGAAUCAAUUCAGUUAAAGGAUGGAAAGGAAAAGAAACUAAAGAAGAAGAAGGUUUUUAAGAAUCUGAGUUUGAGAGGCAAAGAAAUUAUACAGAUCAAAACGAAACGAGUUCGAAAAAAGUCUUCUUCAUCAGAAAGCAAUGAAAGUAACUUUAUUCCAGACGGUGGUUCCGAUCCAAAUCCCGAUAGAAGUAACCAGGAAGAUGCUAAAUGCCUAUAUUGCUUGAGCUUAUUCUCGGAAGAUAAGGGAGGCGAAACUUGGGUACAAUGUGUUGUGUGUACAAUGUGGGCACAUGAAGAUUGUUCAGGAAAUGAAAAAAUGAAAUUUAUAUGCGAAUUUUGCUGUUAAAGUUACUCAAAAAAUAUUGCUUUAAAUAUGGCCCACCCUGGGCCAUAUUAAACACCAUGUGGGCCAUAUUGGCCACAAUUUUUUUGUAUUUGAUUUAUGAAGUUCCUUUAAGUUUUUGUUUUUAACAUUUUGUUAUGUUUUUUUUUUAGUUUAAGUUUUUUAAAACCGGAUUAAAAUUGUUUUGUUAGACCUUUUAAAAAAAAAUAAAUGAAUUCGACAUAAAUGUAUGGUUUUAUUUAAAAAAAUGUUAAGGGUGGGC